AUGCAAAUUCAAGGAAUUGUCAACAAACACAAGGGUGUUCAUGCUCAAGAAGUGAAUCUGGCAAUACAUCAACUACUCAACAAAGUCAAGAUGCUGAAUCUUGUGCCAUCAUUUGGUCCAUCAUCAGCUGGUCAAUCAAAACCUCAUCCUCAGGUAGAGAUGGUGCUCAUUGACAAUCUAAAAAUACCAAGUUUCUUUUUCCUUAUAAAACUCGAGCUGAGUAGCAGACUGGAUGAACUUAAGUUGGAUCAAUUCAGAUGGAUCAAGCCUAAAAUCUUAAAAGAAGAUGACAAGUUCUAUAGUGGCUCUUCCGAUGACUUGGAUGAAUAA